CGGGAGGGAAGAUGGGCGCCGUCCUCAGGAGCCUCCUGGUCUGCGGGUUGUGCGCCCUGGCGAGAGCUUCUCCGCUGUUGCUGUAUGCAAAUCGGCGUGAUCUGCGAUUAGUGGAUGCCACACAGGGGAAUGAGAAUGCCACAGUUGUGGUGGGUGGCUUGGAAGAUGCAGCCGCCGUGGACUUCGUCUUCGCCCGUAGCUUGAUAUACUGGAGCGAUGUAAGUGAAGAAGCCAUUAAACGGACAGAAUUCAACAAAACCGGGAGUGUGCAAAACGUGGUUGUUUCUGGGCUUUUGUCGCCUGAUGGUCUGGCUUGUGAUUGGCUGGGUGAGAAACUGUACUGGACCGAUUCUGAAACAAACCGGAUAGAAGUUUCCAAUUUAGAUGGAUCUUUACGGAAAGUUUUGUUUUGGCAAGAGUUGGAUCAGCCCAGAGCAAUCGCCUUAGAUCCUGUAAGAGGGUUCAUGUAUUGGACAGACUGGGGAGAAGUGCCAAAGAUAGAACGUGCUGGAAUGGAUGGUUCGACCCGCUCAGUUAUAAUCAACACAGACAUUUAUUGGCCAAAUGGACUGACCUUAGAUUAUGAAGAACGGAAACUCUACUGGGCAGAUGCUAAACUGAACUUCAUUCACAGGUCAAACUUGGAUGGAACUCAUCGGCAAGCUGUUGUUAAAGGAACCCUUCCACAUCCUUUCGCUCUGACUUUAUUCGGGAGCACACUGUACUGGACUGAUUGGACCACUCGCUCUAUCUUGGCCUGCAACAAAUAUACUGGGGAGAACUUGCGUGAAAUACAUUCCAACAUAUUUUCUCCUAUGGAUAUCCACGUGUUCAGCCAACAGAGGCAACCAAAUGCUGCAAACCCGUGUGGGGCCAAUAAUGGGGGCUGCUCCCACUUGUGCCUGAUGUCUCCCCUCAAGCCGUCUUACCAGUGUGCGUGUCCCACAGGGGUGAAGCUCCUCGAGAAUGAAAAGACCUGCAAAAAUGGAGCCACAGAGUUGCUGCUAUUAGCCAGAAGGACUGACUUGAGGCGGAUUUCUUUGGACACUCCGGAUUUUACUGAUAUUGUUUUGCAACUGGAAGACAUUCGACAUGCCAUCGCCAUUGACUACGAUCCUGUAGAAGGGUACAUCUACUGGACAGAUGAUGAGGUGAGGGCCAUCCGGCGCUCUUUCAUUGAUGGGUCAGCUAGCCAGUUUGUUGUCCAGGCGCAAAUUGCACAUCCCGAUGGCAUUGCUGUGGAUUGGAUUGCCCGUAACCUUUACUGGACUGAUACUGGUACAGAUCGUAUUGAGGUGACGAGGCUUAAUGGGACCAUGAGGAAGAUUUUGAUCUCAGAAGACUUGGAAGAACCUAGAGCUAUAGCUCUGGAUCCCAUGAUUGGCUACAUGUACUGGACUGACUGGGGAGAGAUCCCAAAGAUUGAGAGAGCCGCUCUGGAUGGAUCAGACAGGGUUGUGCUGGUGAAUACUUCCCUUGGUUGGCCCAACGGAUUGGCGCUGGAUUAUGAGGAAAACAAAAUAUACUGGGGAGACGCUAAAACAGACAAAAUUGAGGUCAUGAACACAGAUGGUACCAACAGGAGAGUCCUUGUGGAGGACAAGUUGCCUCAUAUCUUUGGUUUCACGCUGUUGGGGGACUACAUUUAUUGGACAGACUGGCAAAGGCGAAGCAUCGAGCGAGUUCACAAGCGGACGGCUGAAAGGGAGAUCAUCAUAGACCAGCUGCCCGACCUCAUGGGGCUGAAGGCUACAAACGUCCACCAGAUCACUGGUACAAAUCCUUGUGCAGAAUCUAAUGGGGGGUGCAGCCACCUGUGCCUGUAUAGGCCUCAGGGUUUGCGCUGUGCCUGCCCCAUUGGACUGGAGCUUAUCAGCGACAUGAAGACCUGCAUAGUCCCAGAAGCUUUCUUACUGUUUUCCCGUAGAGCAGAUAUCAGGCGGAUCUCUCUGGAGACCAACAACAACAACGUUGCUAUCCCUCUCACAGGAGUUAAGGAAGCUUCUGCUCUAGAUUUUGACGUUACAGACAAUCGCAUAUAUUGGACAGACAUCUCAUUAAAGACCAUCAGCAGAGCAUUCAUGAAUGGUAGUGCCCUGGAACACGUAGUUGAAUUUGGCUUGGAUUACCCAGAAGGCAUGGCUGUGGAUUGGCUAGGGAAGAACCUAUAUUGGGCCGAUACAGGCACAAAUCGUAUUGAAGUGUCCAAGCUAGAUGGACAGCAUCGCCAGGUUCUGGUGUGGAAGGAUCUGGACAGUCCUCGAGCUCUGGCAUUGGAUCCUGCCGAAGGGUUUAUGUAUUGGACAGAAUGGGGUGGAAAGCCCAAAAUUGACCGAGCGGCCAUGGAUGGUAGUAAACGUACUACGUUGGUUCCAAAUGUGGGGCGGGCAAAUGGGUUGACAAUCGAUUAUGCUAAAAGGAGAUUGUACUGGACUGAUCUGGAUACCAACCUGAUAGAAUCUUCAAAUAUGUUGGGACUCAACCGUGAUGUUAUUGCAGAUGAUUUGCCUCAUCCGUUUGGCCUGACUCAGUACCAGGAUUACAUCUAUUGGACAGAUUGGAGCCGGCGUAGCAUCGAACGUGCCAACAAGACCAGUGGCCAGAACAGAACAGUCAUCCAAAACCACUUGGAUUACGUGAUGGACAUCUUGGUCUUCCACUCAUCCCGGCAAGCGGGCUGGAAUGAGUGUGCUUCCAGUAAUGGACACUGCUCCCACCUCUGUUUGGCAGUACCGGUCGGUGGUUUUGUCUGCGGAUGUCCAGCUCAUUAUUCCUUGAACUCUGACAAUAGAACAUGUAGUGCCCCUACAAGUUUCCUGCUUUUCAGUCAGAAAAAUGCCAUCAAUCGCAUGGUGAUAGAUGAGCAGCAGAGUCCAGAUAUCAUCCUUCCGAUCCAUAGUCUCAGGAAUGUCCGGGCCAUUGACUACGACCCCGUGGAUAAGCAGCUGUACUGGAUUGACUCUCGGCAAAACAUUAUCCGGAAGUCACAGGAGGAUGGUGAACAGGGCUUUACAGUGGUGGCGAGUCCAGUUCCAAACCAGAACCUGGACAUCCAGCCUUACGACUUGAGCAUCGACAUUUAUAGUCGCUAUGUUUAUUGGACUUGUGAAGCCACCAAUGUGAUCAGCGUGACUCGCCUGGAUGGGAGGCCUAUGGGAGUGGUGCUGAGAGGCGAUCAGGAUAGGCCCAGGGCUAUUGUUGUGAACCCGGAGAAAGGGUACAUGUAUUUCACCAACCUCCAGGAGAGGUCUCCUAAAAUAGAAAGGGCAGCAUUAGAUGGGACAGAACGCGAAGUCCUAUUCUCCAGUGGGCUGAGCAAGCCCGUGGCCCUGGAGAUUGACGGCCAGUUAGGGAAACUCUUCUGGGCAGAUUCUGACCUCCGAAGAAUUGAAAGCAGUGACCUCUCAGGUGCUAAUCGGAUAGUUCUAGAAGAUUCCAACAUCUUGCAACCUGUAGGACUGACGGUGUUUGAAAACUGGCUGUACUGGAUUGAUAGGCAUCAACAGAUGAUUGAGAAAAUCGACAUGACCGGCCGAGAAGGACGUACAAAAGUUCAGGCUCGUAUUGCUCAGCUCAGCGACAUUCAUGCCGUUAAAGAACUCAACAUGCAGGAGUACAGGCAGCACCCGUGCUCCCAAGAUAAUGGCGGGUGUUCACACAUCUGUAUUGUGAAAGGCGACGGAACCACACGAUGCUCCUGCCCGGUCCACUUAGUCCUGCUUCAGGAUGAGCUUUCCUGCGGAGAACCGCCGACGUGUUCCCCGCAACAGUUCACGUGUUUCACGGGGGAGAUCGACUGCAUCCCGGUCGUUUGGCGCUGCGAUGGGUACACGGAGUGUGAGGACGACAGUGAUGAGAAGAACUGCCCGGUGUGCUCGGAGGCCCAGUUCCAGUGUGAGAGCGGGCAGUGCGUGGACAUCGGCCUGCUGUGCAACGGGGAAGCCAAUUGCCAGGACAGUUCCGAUGAGAAGAACUGCGACGUGCUUUGUCUGUCUGAUCAGUUCCGGUGUGCCAGUGGGCAGUGCAUUGGGAAAAACAAGAAAUGCGACCACAACUUGGACUGCAGUGACAACUCCGAUGAACAGGGAUGCUACACAACAGAGGAACCUGCCCCUCAAGCCAGCAAUACGAUCGGCUCCAUCAUUGGCGUGAUCCUGACCGUUUUUGUGGUUGGCGCUAUGUACUUUGUGUGCCAGAGGGUGUUGUGCCCCCGCAUGAAAGGGGACGGUGAAACCAUGACCAACGACUACGUGGUGCACGGACCAGCUUCUGUACCUCUGGGCUACGUGCCUCAUCCGAGCUCGCUCUCCGGAUCUCUCCCCGGAAUGUCCCGGGGUAAAUCUGUGAUCAGCUCUCUCAGCAUCAUGGGUGGAAGCAGCGGGCCUCCAUACGACAGGGCCCAUGUUACUGGGGCGUCCUCCAGUAGUUCUUCAAGCACCAAGGGCACCUACUUCCCACCAAUUUUGAACCCGCCUCCAUCACCAGCUACUGAACGUUCACAUUACACUAUGGAAUUCGGCUAUUCCUCAAACAGCCCUUCUACUCAUCGAUCGUACAGUUACAGGCCGUACAGCUACCGGCAUUUUGCCCCUCCCACGACGCCGUGCAGCACGGACGUUUGCGACAGCGAUUACGCGCCCAGCCGUCAGGUGGUGACCGCAGUGGGCAAGGGCUACACCAGCGACUUGAACUACGAUUCGGAGCCCGUGCCCCCGCCGCCGACUCCACGCAGCCAGUACUUGUCUGCAGAGGAGAACUACGAGAGUUGCCCGCCGUCUCCGUACACAGAGCGGAGCUAUUCGCAUCACUUGUAUCCGCCGCCCCCCUCGCCCUGCACAGACUCCUCGUGAGAAACUCCCUCCCUCCUUUGACUGCCUCUGACCCCAACUGUGUAAAUACGGAGAGCUCCUAUCAAGAGGGGGGAGGGCCUGA